GUAGCCACCUCCAAUUAUGACCAAAGCCUUGUUCAGUUUGAAUUCUUAUACGUUACUCAAUCUUCAAUCUUCUCUCUGUUGCAGUGAAUCAGACCUUCUUCAUCUUCAACCUCCCUUUUCAUCCAUGUUUUCCCAGUUUCUCUCUCUCUUCCUCUCCUCUUUCUUCUUCCUCAAUUCACCUUCAGUAUCAGUAUCAGCUACUGAGUUCAUCUUCAACAGCUUCAACUCCACCAGUCUCUUGCUCUAUGGCAACGCCACCAUACAAAAUUCUCUUCUCUUUCUCACAAACGAGACCACCUUUUCCAUCGGACGUGCUCUUUACCCUUCUAAAGUCCCCACAAGAUCACCUAACUCAACCCACCUCCUUCCCUUCUCUUCCUCCUUCAUUUUCUCCAUUGCUCCCUACAAAAAUCGCCUCCCUGGCCAUGGGUUUGCCUUCUUAUUUGCGCCCACCACCGGCAUGGAUGGUGUAAGUUCAUCUCAGCAUCUCGGACUGUUUAAUUUCACCAAUGAUGGAAAGUCGACUAACCAUGUUUUUGCUGUUGAGUUUGAUGUGUUUGAGAAUCAAGAAUUCAAUGAUAUCGAUGAUAAUCAUGUAGGGGUGGAUGUGAACUCAUUGACAUCUCUUACGUCCCAUGAAGCAGGGUAUUGGAGAGGGGAUGAUGAUGAUGAUGAGAACUUCGAAGAACUGGAGCUCAAUAAUGGCGAGAAUUAUCAAGUAUGGAUUGAGUAUAUGGAUUCGCGAAUAAAUGUUACCAUGGAGCGUGCAGGCAGGAAGAGGCCUGAUCAGCCAUUGAUCAGCGCAGUUGUUAAUCUUUCUGAUGUUCUUCUAGAUGAAAUGUAUGUGGGGUUUUGUGGAGCCACUGGACAGUUAGUUGAGGGUCAUAUCAUUCAGUCAUGGAGCUUCAGUCAAUCGAAUUUUUCGAUCGGUGAUGCUUUGGAAACCAUGAAUUUGGCUUCUUUUGUUCUUCCAAAGGGGUCUGUUUUUAGAUCCAAAGGGUUUGCUUUAGGGGUUAGCCUUGGUUCUGCAGUUCUUCUUGUGGGGUUGGGGGUUAUGUUGUAUGUUGCUUUGGUCCGGAGGAGGAAGAAAAGGGCCAUAGGGGAGGAAAUCCAGGAAUGGGAACUGGAGUACUGGCCUCACCGAAUUGGUUACAGGGAAAUUUACACUGCAACAGAUGGUUUCUCAGAGAAAAACGUCAUCGGGUUCAGCAGUAACGGCAAGGUCUAUAAAGGGGUUCUGGUGGGAGGAGCAGAAGUUGCAGUGAAGUCCAUUCCUCAUGAAAAUGAGGAUGGAAUGAAAGCAUUCCUGGCGGAGGUUUCCAGCCUAGGCAGGUUGAAGCAUAGGAACUUAGUGGGGUUAAGAGGCUGGUGCAAGAAGGAGAAAGGAGACCUGAUUUUGGUAUAUGAUUAUAUGGAAAAUGGGAGUUUGGACAAGAGGAUCUUCCACCAGUAUCCUGAAAGUAUGAUGUUGAGCUGGGAAGAGAGGGCUCGAGUUCUGAAGGAUGUUGGCCAUGGGAUCUUGUAUUUGCAUGAGGGCUGGGAAGCCACGGUCUUACACAGAGACAUAAAGGCAAGCAAUGUGUUGCUUGACAAGGAUAUGAAUGCCAGACUAGGCGAUUUCGGGUUAGCCCGGAUGCAUCAUCAUGGGGACUUGGCUAACACAACUCGGGUGGUUGGCACACUAGGAUACAUGGCUCCUGAAGUGAUUAGAACCGGGCGAGCCACCGUCCAAACCGAUGUGUUUGGCUUUGGGGUCCUGGUUCUAGAGGUGGUGUGUGGGAGGGAGCCUAUCCAGCACAACAAGCCAGGCUUGGUUGAUUGGGUAUGGAGGUUGAUGAAAAGAGGGGAGUUGGUUUUGGCUUUGGAUGAGCGGCUUAAGGCUAGGGGAGGAUACAGGGAGGAGGAAGUGGAGAGGGUCCUUCAGAUUGGGUUGUUGUGUGCCCAUCCGGACCCUCGCCGGAGACUGAUGAUGAGGCAAGUGGUCAAGGCAUUGGAGGGGAGAAGCGAGGGGUAUGAGUCUGAAGAGGGAAUGGAUGUGAGUUUGCUUCAUUCUGCAGAGUGGUCUAAGCGUAAUAGCUACUCUGGCGGAGGAGGGCACCCUACAUUUGAUGAUAUUCAAAAGAGUCUUCUUUGUUCCACAUCUCUAUCAGUGUCUGAUAUCAUCCUGGAGGGUCGGUGAUAAUGUGUCAAGCACCCAGUUUCUUUCCCUGAUAAUGUACCCUGCAGUCAUGGCAUUCUUUUUUUUUUUUUUUUUAUGAUGUUGGUGAGAUAUAUUUUUUAAUUUCAUUCAUAUAUCUUGGUUUGAAAUGGCCCAUUGUGAGUGGAGAUCUUUUCAUGCUUAAU